AUUACAUAUUUGACGUCUACAUUCUGUAAUUCUUCAUUUCCGGUAAACUCAAACUAAACCGGAAACUUAAGGAUCAUAUAAUAUUCGGUCACUUAAUCACGUAAUUACUUCUUUAUUCAAAUACUGCAGAUACAUUAACAUACGGUAACAAUCCUAUUAUUUUAUUAGAAUUAAAUAUUAUAGUUAAAAUUAGGAUCAUGAUUCAGUGCAUCUGGAAGUCAUUUCUGUCAGUGUACGUUAUGUUAAGUUACCGAUACAGAGAGCCGAUAUAUACCAUACAAAAGUUACUAGCUUCCUAAUCAUGUGAGCAUCUUUCCAUUCUGAAAGAUAAUACGACUCACAAAUUCAUGAUUAUCGAAAUGCAAAAGCGAAAAUUACGUCGGAUAUUUUUGUGCAAUAUUAUUCGGCCGCCAUGUUUAUUACGUGCUGCUAUCUGCCGAUGAUUUUGAGCAUCACGCUUGUGGCGCCAUCUACUUCCUUUCCCUAGGAAUCAUGAAACCACGUACGGUUGUUCACGCAGUAAAAUGUGACAAGAGAAAUGUCUUUUGAGGACGUUUCUUGUCCAUUCUACUGAACCGUUCGCAAGUAAUGCGUUCAGGAAUUAGCGAAACACGUUUAUAGGAUCCGGAAUGUACGGGCACUGAACAAGUUUAAUGGUGCAAGAACCACGUGUUCAAGGAGAGUUAAUUGGAUAUUUCACUGUGAAUCCUUGCAACGUGCGGUACAUUCAUAUCGUUGCGUACCUCGAAUUUAGUGAGAAACUGUGGACUUAAAAGAUCGCGGACAUGUUUACUUGUUGGCUGUGUUGUCGCCUGUGAUUUUUACCUUAGACUUAUUUCUCGGUUAGUGUAUAUUAGAGUGCUAAAUAACCUUCGAUUACUCGAAUGUUAUCGUUAUUACCGAGAAUCGUGUCUUUAAAAGAACAUUGUUAUAAAAGAAAAGGUUCUUUCGGUUGAAUAAUGUAACUCGAUCGUGUAAGUUCAUCGAUGAUGUUCACUGCGCAUACGCAUUACAGUUUGUACACGUGGAAACAUUAUAAAGUUAAUAACUGACGUUCGUUUUAAUUAAUCGUCAAUUUUCUGUCUGGAUCACGCGGUCAUAUUUUGAGAGAUGUUUUUUUAUUAAUGAAAAAUAGAGGCGCGUUUGCAGCGAUUCUUAGUUUAAAAAGUGAUCGCAAGUGAAGUUGUGAACACUUCAAGAGGAGUUCAGCAACUGUGAAGCCCAUGAAGCAUCGAUGUGAUACAAAUUAAUUCUCUUUCAUCGUGUAUUAUAACGUUGUCAAAGGUAUUUGAUAUACAACGAACAAGAUGGACGAGUACGACAAGAAAUUCGCUGAGAUGCAAAAGUACAUUCCGUUUUUGGAAGCGAUGAUAGAACGAUUAAAAAACGUUAAGGACAAAUCGCGGGAAGUACAACUGCAAAAAAUGCAAAGCCUUCACGGGAUUCUGUCGAACAGUAAGAGAAAGCUGAAGAUCGAGACGUUGCAGCGAUGCGAAGAUGUACUCCAGAAGUUGCACAACAAAGUAGAAAAGUUUCAGGGAAAUACACCUGGAUUACAUUUUCCGAAUAAGAAAAAUGAAGCGAACUCAGCGCAGACCUCAACUGCAAUGGAAGGAAAGUCUCAGCCUGUGGAGGAGACAAUGGAAGACAAGGAGAUCCACGAGACACCUGCUAGCCCAAGUCCCCCAGUUAGCCCCGACUCGGGUUCUCAAGUAGAGCCGAUAAUAAUACCCACCGAGCGCAAGGUGGAGUUCGACAAACCUGCCUCCCCUGACCCGAUAGAGACAUUGCCAACUAAAGCGCCGAUUAUCAUACCAACCGAACGGACCAGUAACGAUCUCAGCCUCUCCCCCAGUUCCCAGCGUUCGAGCAAAAAUGUGGACGACGUUUCGUUCGUCGAAUGGGACAUGCUCGAAGGGAACGAAAGUCAGAUCGGGAGAACUAAAAAUUGGCAGGGUAUCGUUACUUCCGGCCACGAUGUAGCUUCAGGGAUGAAAUUAGGGAGUAGCGACGGGAGACCUCAUGUACCGAUAUCGAUGCAUUCUACUCGGCACAUACCAACGAUACCGGUUCCUUCUUUGGGUGGUUCCAGAAGGUUGUCGUCCAUAUUGGAGAAGACUAGGUUAGCAGGAGGGAAUUUGGAGUCGGAGUCGAGGCCAGAGUCACCGAUGAGCGUGUCGGAUACUAGACUCAAGUCUCCAGACUCGGAGAUUUUGUAUUCGAAGCAUGGUAAGAACACGUCUCCAAGGUUGAAGGAGGCAAGACCUUCUAAGCCUUCGGUACCGUUGUUGCUCUCCCCGCCUCCGGUUUCCACGGAGCCUCCGUUGUCCAUGGAAGACUUGGCGGAGUUGUUGAACGAGGAAGACGAUAACAAGUUAGAGAAAAAGGGAGACGCGGUCAAAUUGAAAAAGGACAAGUCAGAAUUAAAUGCCUUAAACAAGGACUCAAAGCAGUCGAAACCUUUCCUGUUAUCGCAGGAGGAUAUCGAUAGCGAGAGCGAGAGGCGUUGGGAGGAGAUCGAUAAACAUAUAGUCAAACUGACUAGUAGAAAAUGUCUAUCCACCGGUGUCCCGGCGAAAGGCGAGACUUUAAAGUUAAACGAAAUCAAGGGACCAUCGCCAGUUAGUUUAGGACAUAACACAGGAUCCUUAGAUAGUAGAAACCGGCCUUCGUCGCCUGGAUCUAAAGUCGAGCCCCGUUUCGCGGACAAUUACGAGCGACAUCCUCGUCGACUGAUCGACGACGAUAUACCUAAUCCAUUACACCCCGCGAACACCGCCAAGUCGGAUAACAGUCUGUUAUACCAAAGGCGUCAGGGAAACGUUGGUCCCGAAAUGGUGCCACCUAGGAUAGAGACGGAGUUCAGGACAGAAGGUCCCGAGUACUUCAACAGACAAGUACCGAACCCCGGCCACUGGCCUCCCAUGCACCCUCCCGUGAACACGAACGAGUUCUGCAACAACCAGUGGCCCCAGACCUCAAACUUCAGCGGUAUGCCAAACUCUCCCGCGCAGUCGUACCAGCACCCAAUGGGAAUGCAUCAAGAGAUGUGGAACGUGGGCGCAGGCAGCGCCGCGAUUCACAUAGAUCCUCACCAAAUGAACGAAGGUCAACUCAGGCCUAAUCAGUUUCCUUCCAACAUGAACACAGGAAUUAGGCCACUGAUGAGUCCGACUACUCGUCCUCAGGACAUGAACCACAUUCCACGACCCGAAGAUCUACCCCCCGUCGACGUACCUAAUGUGCCAAACAUACAGCCUUUAAUAUCACCCACGAGGUUCCCCGUUGGCCCGCAGUAUAGAAAUUUCCCUGGUGAAAACAGACCGUACGACCCGUCUUUCGACAGAGGCCAUCCGAGGCAGUCCUGGGACUCCCCAGCUAAUCGACCGAACGAAGUGCCCUAUAGACAGGAAAACGAAGUUCCUUGCAACGUGAUAGGCCCAACGGACGGUCCUACAGGACCGUUUCCGAGGCCCAGUACGCCGUGUCCCUGGAACAGGGACAGAGACCGGGGUGGUGGCAGAGGUCGCAACUAUUAUAACGAUAGGAGUAGAGCGGAACCGAGGAACAAUUUUAACCGCGAUUCUCGUAGGCCUGAGUGGGCCAAUCACAACGAGUGGGAUAAUAGCAACCGUUUCGGUAGGGACGCUAGAAAUAUAUCCGACCGCGACCCAAGGGUUCGUGCGGAGCACAAUACAAUGAACCAGAGCCCCAACCAGCCGAGGGACAAUGUUACUUCGGUGAGGGACCCUCGAUUGGCGAAGGACAAACACUUCCCACCUGCCAAGAAUAAGGACAGUACUUUUAACGAAAGGAACUCGCGGAAACGUCCGACUGCGCCGGUGUUCCCGACAUCCUCGUUCCGGAAAUCGAAGGAGAAAUUGAAGUCCCCUCCGAAACCGGUCGAGGGUCAUAGGCGAACGGAUGCAGAGAAUUCUGGAAAACAGGACAAAUCGAGUAAAGAGAAAAUGCAGUCGCCCUUGGAGACUCUGUACGGAGUUAUCGACACGAAAGCGAAGUCCGCGCAAGGUUAUUGUUUGCAGAAUUUCAAAAUCCCGAAAAUUAAACGUAACGAGUCGCUAGAGUCGCCGACCUCGAGCCACGUUUCUGAAGAGGCGAAGAGCGAGUGCGAUAAAGAAAGCAAAGCGAUCAAGAGGGAUAAGGAUGACGCUACGGCGGAAGUGAGCAGCAGCAGCGACGGAAACAUACAAUCGGAGAACUGGAACGACAGUAGCGAUAUCAGUGACAAGAAGGAGGAUCCAAAGGAGGAGUCUUCUGCGACCGUGGAAGAUAAGAGCGAUUCAAAUAUCGCAGAGUCAGAUUCCAUUAGUACAACAUGUCCGAAAACUGCUGAGAGCGCAGAGAAAAAGAAGGAGGACGCGGAAUCGGAGGGGCCGAAAUCGAAGGAUGAAGUGACGCAAGAAUGGAUCGAGGCUUUGAUCAGAAAGUCCUUCGAAUUUGGCGAGGGAAAGAAGUUCGUGGAGCAAGCGAAGUUCAUGCAGAAACUGGGAGAAGUACUGCAGGCGAAGAAGUUGAAGAAGAUUAAAAAAAUUAUCGAGUCCGAAUCGGAGAGUAGUAGUUCCGACAAGGACGAUGCUCCUGACACGAAAAAGGUGUUGACGAAGAAGAAACGACGAGUGAUCGUUUCGGAUAGCUCGGACGAAGAGUCCCUUGCUGAAAGAUUGGAUAUCUUGAAAGCGAAGAGUAAAGAGAAUGAGAGUGUUGAUGAUCAGAAAGAGGAAGUGGAUAAAAAGCCUGAGAAAGUAUCUACCGAAUCCUCUGAUGUUCAGCCUAAAAGCGAAAUCGUGGAACAGGCGGUAGUUAAAGAUGAGGUUCAAGUGAAAGACGAAACCAAAGAGAACACGGUAAGCGCAGAGAAAGUGGAGGAUACACUAGAUACUAAGGACUCCGUUAAAGAUGAAUCGUUGGAGGACAAAGAUAGACCCAAAACACCCAAAGCGAAAGCAAAGAGGAGAAAUUCUCUGGAAAUGUUACAGGAGGAUAUAAGGGAGAUGUUCAUCUGCGAUGGCGUUGUGGCUGCAACCGGUCAUCGACUCUGUCGAACGCAGAAAGAGCAAACUCAGCCUAACUCUGUUCCAUCCACUUCCAGUCCAAGUACGCCAACCACAAAGAAAGACGAGUCAAGUAAACCGGACGCAGAGUCAGAUACUGAGGAAGCAUUGGAUGCGUCCAAGCAAAAGAAGAAGUCUCGUACGUCGGAGGAAUUAAAUAAGUCAAAGAGCAAAUCUAAGAAAGACACGAAGAGAGUCACUCGACAGUGUAUCAAACAGUAUCCGAGCUCGGACAGCGAGGAGGAUCAGCCACUUGCUUUUAGAACGGAACUUAUUCAAAAUGUGAACAUGUUGUCCAACCAGGACUCUCGUAGCGACGACUCCGACAUGUUGCGAAGAAGUAAACGAAUUGUUAACAAGGAAACGAUCAAAGAACCACGCGUGGUCGUCGAAAAAACAGAUAUAUCCAAGCUGGAUAACUCUAAAGUAAUGUUCGACAGCUCGUCUGAUGAGAGUUUUGGCAUAGAUGUUUCAGAGUUAGCUGCAGCUGUAGACAUUUCCCUUCAUCCUGAUAAACAAGUAGAGUCGGAAACGCCAGAGACAACUGAGAAGAAAAAAUCUAAUCAGAGUGCGUCUAAGAAGGCCGCAAAGAAGAAGGGAAAUGAAUCAGUUACUGAAAGCAAGGUGGAUGAUCAGUUUAGUGACGAGGAAAGUAUUGUUUCUGAUAUUUCCAUGUCUAGCAGUGUCGCUUCAGGAAAGAAAGCGAACGAUGCAGCGCAGAUAGAAUCUAACGCUAAUGAGGAGUUGCUGAGUAAUAUUCUGGUGGGGCUAGUACCUUCAAAGAGCGAUACGGAUAAGGAUACAUCCGUGGCAAGCAAAGGAAGCGACGUAGACCUUGAUGACUUGCCAGCUGGAUUGUCGCCUGAUAUGAUUACCAAGAAGGUUUAUGCGAAGAAGAAGAAAAAGAAAUGCAAUUGGCGGAUGGGAAUUCUGUCGAAGAAAAAGAGGAAGAGGACGCCUGCAGCUUCUAACAAAGCUGACACUGAUCUCAAUAGUAGUAGUGAGUUAGGUUCAAUAAAAGCAGAUGCUUCUUCACCAUCAGAAGACAAGGUUAGUGAGGUCAGUUCGUUGAAUGAUACUCAGGGUAACUCUGAGAAGCUUGAGAAUACCAGUCAGAUUUCUGAUGAUGAUGUGAAAGAUCAAAAAGUGGAACAGCCUCCUGUAUCAGUGGACUUAACAGAGAAAAAGAAAGCUCUCAAACCUACCAAUGUGAAGGAACCAGAAAAGAAAGAUGUGAAAGAGAAAGCUAAAGAGUUGGAUAGGUCACUUCUAGAUUUAGAUGUGAAUAAGUUGAUAUAUUAUGCGUGGUCAGGGAAAGAACGGUACAAAUGUUUACUUUGUUUUUUCACUGGCAAGAACAUAGUUCAUCAUUACAAGUUGAGUCAUCCUGGGAAAGAAAUUCUGAUCUCUAGAUUGCAAACAUCAGAUGCUCGGGUAGCCAUUCAAGAAGCUAAAGAUACUAAUAUGGAGGCAAAGUCCUCAAAACCUUUGACUGAAGAAAUUUACAAAUUUCGUUGCAGGAUUUGUUCUUUCUUAACUGAAGGUGCUGCAAAGGUUGCUAUGGAAGCAUUUUAUGAGCACUGCACUACUCACACUGGAGAGUACAGAUUUCGCUGCAACAGUUGUCCUUAUCAGGCAGUAGCCAAGUCUUCUAUGAGAACUCAUUACUACAAGGUGUGUCGACGAUUUAAGGACACGUUCGCUGAAGCAAUAACUGAAGAUGAUAUACCUGAGAAGAAUGGGAUUUAUGGUUACUUGUGUUCAAAGUGUAAUUUCAUUCAAUUGAAACGGUUUAAUGUAGAGGAGCAUGCCAAAUUUUGGCACAAAGACGUUCCAUAUGUAGAUAUUAUAAUGAUUAACAUGUCUUUGGAUACAGUUCAGGAAGAACCUAGUAGUAAAAUAGACGUAGCGGCUGGAAAAAUAAAAGAAGAAGUACCUCAACCGAGUUUGGAGAAGUUGGAAGAGCCUGUGAAUGAUCCUGUAUCUUCUGUUGAUGAAAACGACGUUGCAAAUAAGAUAGAAACAGUGAAAGAUGAUAAAGCUGCUCCUGCAGAAAAGAAAAAGGAUGAAGCAGAAAUGAAAUCACAAAAGGAGGAAGACAACUCUGAAGUUGAUGAUGGUAAAAAGAAGAAAACAACUCAAGAAGAUGCAGAUUCAAGCUUAUCAACUGGAAAUCUAAGCGUUUUCGUUUGUCCACCAGAGUUGGAAAAGAAAGAAGUGGAGAUUCAAUUGGAACGGAAGAGGAAAAUGCAGGAGAUCAUUCAGAAUAUUGGUAUCAAAUUGCAGAAGGAUGCAUCUAAGAAAGGUCUUUCCAUUAUAGACAAAUUGAAAGAUAAAAUGAAAACCAAUUUACUAGCUGAAAAUAAUGAGAUUGCUAGUAGUGAAAGUCCAGAAUCUUCUAGUAAAACUCCUACCACUUUUCUGAAUUCACCAAUUCAGUGUGAAAAAAGUAGCACUGAAUUGCUUCCUACCUCCAAAAUAUUAGAAGCUUCCUCAGAGAAUUCAGAAGUAAAUACAGUGCCUCAAGAAACCUGCACUGAUGUGCAGGCUGAGAAUUCUGUUUUGAAGACAAGUCUACCAAAUACUGAAGAUUCUCAGCCCACAUCUGAAGCAGCACAAACUGAUUCCAAAGCUGCAGAUCCUUCAACAGGAUUGGGUCAGAAAAAGAAUGAUGAAAGUGAUGUAGAAACCAGUGAUAAUGAAAACAGGAGUUCAGCUCCUAUUUAUGAGUCUGACUCAAGCAGCGAACAGUCUGACAGCGAACCAUCCACAGAUGUAAAUAUGAUCCUGAAAGAAACUUCUAGCAUUGGUGCAUCCUCCAAGGAUCCAAUGCUAACAACUAUUCAGAGGCUUGCUGCUCAGCUACAGGCUACAAAACCACUUGAUGCUAACAAAGAGAAGUCGCAAUCUGAAGAACCUAAAAGAGCAUUUUCAAUUGUUUCUAUUCCCAAACCACCAGAUGUGGUGCCUAUUGCUAGCAUCAAAAAGUUUGUUGGAAAAUUAGAAAAUAAAUUCCAUGAAAUUUCGCGAGAAACGCAAGGUGAUAGCAAUCAACCUAAGAACUUUAUUAGAUUGAGACGUUUGAGUGGAGAUAUGUUGUCAAUACCUACACAGUCUCCAGGUACCCAAGAAGAUGUGUCUACUUCACAAAGCAAUGGAAGUCAAUCGAGUACUCCAGUUACUACAGAAAGUAUAUUAAAUCCAGAGAAAGAAGAGGAGUGUUCAUUUUUGAAAAUUGAAAAUGUAGUUAGUCUUGCACCAAGAGCUGAUAACGAUGAAAAUCCUAUUAUAAAUGAUAUAAGGAAAGCAGUUGAAAUCUCGCCAAUAAAAAGUCAAGGUGUAUCUGUACUGAAAAAGUCCAAUUCACCUUUUAUUUUAAAGAGACUUAACGCAGUAGCCAUUACACAACCUUUAAAUAUGCCUGCUACAACAGAAACCGUGAAAUUAAUUCCAGUAAAAAGUCUGUCUCCGACUCCGGUUUCUGUCACAGCUGCUCAUCGUGGUGCUACUUUCAUUCCUAUUGCUCCAAAGACAAAGAAAAUCAUUGCAGUAAACAACAAGUUGCCUUUCCCUCUCUCUGGAAAUAAGACCACAGUCAUGACGCCAACUACUACGCGCACUGUGACUGUUGGAGGAUCUCCACAGUCACCGAAUUUGAACUAUAAAAUUGUCAAAGUAGUUCGAACACCCACGGUACUGAAAUCGGCUGAGUCCACCGUUUCAAGUACUACCGUAGUUAAAUUAAAAUCCGUAGACGCUUAUAACGCAAUGUUGAAAAGGACUAAAUUAGCUCAGUUAUACAAAUGCAUGGAACGUGAUUGUCGCUUUACGACUGAUGUGUUGGCACAAUAUCAACAACAUUAUCUUCAGCAUACUAAUGAGGCUGAAAAGAAAAAGGGGUCACAACCUGAUUAUCAGAAAUGUGCUUAUUGUUAUAUGGUACUGGAGAAUUGGAAUCAGAUGAAAGUGCAUAUGGAGGACAAACAUGCUCACUGUCGUUACCAAUGUAGCUUUUGUUUUUAUCGAGCUAUCGUUCCUUCUUACGUGCAAGUACAUCAGUUAACAGCUCAUCCUGGUAAACAUGGAAUUUUACUUGGCAAAUUAUUAAAGGAAUUGCCAACGAGAGAAGAGGUCAAUCGGCAUGACUUUAUACAUCCUUACAUGUGCCAGCAUGAUUGCAGCAAGUUUUUUUAUGUUCCUGAGUCUUUUAUGGCGCACUUAAAAAAUAAACAUGCAUCGGUUCUCUCCACAUUUAAGUGCCAUGUGUGCCGUGUUACGUGUCUAAAAGUUGAACAGUUGAUGAUGCAUUAUAAGAUGCAUGGAUUUUACAAGUAUCAAUGCCUUUAUUGCUUGAACGGUUCGGAUACCAUUAAUGAAAUGCACAAUCAUUUAAGUAUAUUCCAUUGCAAUCGAUUGCCACACAUUCUUGAAAGAUCUCUUCCUCCUCAGCCAGUACGAAAUAAAGAUGUAAUAGAUCAGCUAGUGGUAAGAACGUUCGACGAUAAUAUUAAAUUUACUGAAGAAGUAAUUGAUUUAGAAAACGAAGGAAAAGAUACUAAAGAUCCAAUCGUAGUAGAUAUCGUUAACACCCCGACAUCUCCUAAAUUAUCUUUGAAUUUGACUAAAGACUUAAACAUGGUGAAUAAAGAUGAAAACGAGAUACUGAAUAAAUCAAUAUAUAAUUUAUUUGGAAUGGGCAGCAACUCGAAUAACUCCAUCAACUCCGACGUUUCUCAAAGUGGAAAAUUAUCUUUAAGCGAUAGUUGUAAUGAUAAUGCAAGCACAAUGUUAUUUGGCAACUUGGAUGACGUCGACGUGUCAGUAAUGGCUGUUUCUAACAGUGACGCUGCAAAUAAAAUUUUGUUAGAUAAGAACGAAGAUGCUAGCAUUGUCUCUGACAGUGCUAUCGAACCUUUGGAACCUUCGACUGGAACAUUUGACUCCACUGACGAGUUCGUGAAUAUCAAUUUACUUGACAAUCCCGAUUUCCUCAAGAACGUUAAUAGUUGUUCAAGCGAUGUUACAAAUAACACAACUGUAAAUGAAAGUAAAGCAGAAGACAGUGAUAUUGAAAUUGUAGAUAUUGAUGACGCAGGGACAGUUCUAACGAAGGAUGAUAAAUCUGAUUUAAAGAAAAUAGAUAACUUCGAGGAAAAAGCGAAGGUAGACCCACAAGAAAAUGACAAGAAGGAGCAGUUGGACAGCAACGUUGAAAAUGUAAACGCAUCUACCGAUGUUACUAAAAAUUCUAGUAAUAAUAGCCCCGUUAAAAAAUCAGAUAAGCCAAUGACACUAGAAGAUAUCAAAGACACAGGUUUUAUAGGGACAAAGUUGUACAGAUGUGGCUAUGAAUCAUGUGAUUAUGGUGCACAGACUGCAAGUACUUUAAGGGUGCAUAUAAAAGAAUGCGCAUCGCGCGGUCCUAAUAAAUGCUUGAAUUGUGUUCACUGCAAUAAACGUUUCAUCAAAGUUGGAUUUCUACUGGAGCACUUGAAGUCUCAUGGGUUGAAACGAUUUGGUUGCUCACUGUGUAAGAUGAGAUGCACAGUUGGUUACCAAGCGAUAGCACACAUGAAAAUGAAACAUAAAUAUGCUUACAGUAAAUUGGUUCCAGCUGAUCCAAAGAAUCCAUCUGUAGAUGGUCUUUUUAUUGUACAACCUGUUUUUCAAAGUGGCGAACGAAAGGGAAAGAAACGUAAAAGUACAAAGUCUGCGGACAAAGAAGGUGAAAAGGUAUCUACAGAUCUGGAGAAAUUUUCUUUCGGUCCUGACGAAAUAGACUCUCUACCUCUGCAAGCCAUAUACAUUCGUGCAGUACAAUGUGCCGUAUGUCCAUACACGACAAAAGUUCGGACGAACAUUAUAAGACAUUUGCGAUUGCACGCGAUAGACGAAAGCGUACCAGAGAGCGGCCCUGUUAAUCCUGUGCCUUGUUUAGAUAAGAAAGAACGAAUGUUUGAUAAAAUGGUGAAUUUGGCAAGUAGCUCUCAUCAGAAUGGCCGGAUGGGAGGGAAACCAAAGGAACCUGUUAAAGAUAACGACGAUGAAUUCAUUCCAAAAUUUGUACCAGAACAUAAGAGAUACGUGUGCGGUGUAGCUGAAUGUAAUUAUUUAACGGUCGAUGAAGCGAUGUUAAGGUGCCAUUUAAAGGCUUUGCACUCUGAAGAACAAUAUUUUCGAUGUCCUCAUUGUCCGCAACCUCCUCCAGGUCAAGAAGGAUUAAACAUAGCGAUCGAUAAAAUGGCUGUUCAUUUGAAAAUGCAUGAUACAAGACUUUACAAAUGUUCUCACUGCAAUCACCACCAUUAUCAUAGGCACGUUGUGGAGAGACAUCUUUCUGACAAGCACCCUGAGAAAAGACCCUUUGUCAAGGUAAUCAGAGAGUUGGAAAACACAGAGAAUAAUCAGCAGUCUGUGCAAGAAGAGGUCGAAGAACAAGCACCUGACCCAGAUGGAAAUCACUGGAAAUGUAAUAUCUGCGACUAUAAAUGCGUCUACAAGGCAGAAAUGGUUAAUCAUGCUACUGUAACGCAUGAUGAAAAAUGUCAGUACAAGUGCAAUUUGUGUUCAUUUAAAACCAGUGGAAAAAUUAUGUUCGACCAACAUAUCAAUAGCAAACACCCUAACGAUGCGAACGUAGACUAUAUUCUGAUGUACCAGAGGAUAAAAGGUGUUAAUAAGAAAAGUGCAGAUAACAUUGAGCAAGGUGGACAAGAUGAACCGUUUGACACUACUCCUCUGUGGAGAAGAGACAUGCCUCGUAUUAGACACAUACGUGGAAUUCUUUUGGAAGAGGAAGAUGAAGGAUCAACGGAGUCUUCGUUAAAAGCAGGAAAACGAAAGAGCGAUUCAGAUUUGGCAGCCGUUAAGCCGGCUAAGAUAAAACCAGGAAAGUCGAGUUCCCUAGAUGAUUCGAAACAAUUGAAGGACAAAUGUAAACGGACACUUUUCGGUGAUAAGGCAGAUGCAGAAAAUGUGAAAGACACUUCUGCAGCAAUUGAUAAAAAUAAAGAAGCGAAAACUAAAUUGAUUGAAGAUAAUGACUCCAAUGAUUCGGAUGUUGGUAGAUUUGGCCCUUAUGGAAAAUCUGAUGGUAACAUGUACGUUUGCACUUUGUGCACGCAGUUUAAAUCCAAAUACAAACAUGAUAUGAGAGAUCAUCUUUUUAGGGAGUUAAAUUAUGCGAGGUGGCACUGUCAAGAAUGUGGAUAUUUAUCUGUCAAUCGUAAUGCGUUGUUUAAACAUUUUGCUAAACAUCAUAAUGGAGAACGUCCUAAUCACGAGCCAUUAUCACCGGACGAUGAUAUCGAAGAAUGGGUUGGCACACUAUUGAAGAGACAAACACUUAUGAUAAAAGAAUUUUUAUCUAAGCAAAAUGCAAAUAAUACAGACACACCUGUAGUCGUAAACACUUCUGGAAGUGAUAAUAAAUCAUCCCCCAAUAAAAUUACUCAAAAUACUGUAACUAAAACUUCAAAGAACACAAAUCUUGCUGGUAAAUCUCCAAAUACAAAAGACAGCAAAGUUCAAAAUGUUGAAGUCAAUUUAAAUGUACAAGAUGAAAAUGUUAAAGAUAACGACAGUCUCAUCAUCGAUAUGGGAGACGACAAAGAGAAAACGGAAAAAACAACUGAAUCCGAUAAAGCUGGAGCAGAGGACGAGCGAGAAAAAACGUACGUUUGUAAAUACUGUAAGAUGACAUUCAAUCGGUGGCAAGGCUAUAACUUACACGUUCAAUACGCCCAUUUAAAGCGACUUGGAUUCAAAUGUCCUUACUGUGAUCGCACCACAAAGUGUGAAAAGUUAAUGCUGCAACAUAUGCGUCUGAAACACCGCAACUGUCCCGAGAAACUGAUUCAAAAUCUAUCCGAGACCGAAUACGGGUUUCCAAAAAGAUCCAAAAAACGUAAGAGGAAAAUAAGUGACGAGAAAGUUCCCGAUCACGAUGCGACUCAAGAACAGGCUAACAAUUCCGAAACACAGGAGAAAUGUAAUAUAUGCAGUUUUACCGCGAUGAAUUUAACAGGUUUGAGAGCACACAUGCGAAUACACUCGCCAAAGAACACGUUGAAGUGUUCGUAUUGCACGUUUGCUGCAUCGACAAAGACAGAUCUUUGGGAACAUUGGAAACAAAACCAUCCGUUUUCACCGUUCAAAUCCGAGGACAUACCGACUUCUGAAUCAUUAGGAGAUUCCGAAAAUGUUAAAGAGGAUAAUAAAUCUUUCUCUGAUGACUAUAACGAUGACAUAGAGGAGGAACAGAUUUCUGAUUCAACGGACGAUGAGAUAGGCUACUGUUGUUUCUAUUGCAGCUUCCGUAGCAGAUCUUUGGAUAUGGUUCAAAAUCACUGGACUUUGGUGCACAGUGAAUCGAAAUUAGAAAAUGACAGUUUAAAAUUGAAGUCAAAUUGUCCAUUUAGGUACAAAAAAAUACAUUUGUUAUCAGAGAAGCCAAUUGUGAAAGCUCAGUGUUCUAAAACGGAAACGGAAACUCCAUAUGAACUGUAUUUGCAACAAUCGCACGACGAUGUACAAAUAAUAGAAGCGUCGGGAACGAAGGACGGUUGGAUUUGUCAGUGGUGUAACGAACUGUGCGAUUCUGAAGUUAAGAUAAAAACACAUCACAGUAUGUUCCAUUCGCAUUUGCCGUUGAACUUUAAAAAACAAGAUAGGACUAGGAUGCUUAAGGGAUACACGUGUCCUGAGUGCUCAUUCACGACAACGUUUAUAAACGUGAUGAAAAGCCAUGUAUCCAAGCAUAUCAAUCUUCUGAAAUGUAAAUAUUGUGAUAAAACCUUCAGUUCUGCUUCUCAAGUGUCUUCGCAUAAUGCUGAGGAACAUCCAGACAUGGAAUUAAAGAUAGAAAGUAUACAGAAUUAUGAGGCACAGUUGGAAAGUAUUAUGGCUAAAGUUAAAUGGCAGAAAUCGAGUUCACAAGAUCAGGUUGAAGUUUCGAUCGAACCAGCGAAGAGUCAUGCGGUGGCUAGAAAGUCUACGACUAAAAAUUCUAUUCGACCCAAUCUUAUAUCGUACAAGAUAAAGGCAGUCGCUCGAAAAUCGACUAAUCCACAUUCGAGAUAUCUUUUUAAUAAUAAAAUGAACGAUCAGCAACAGUCGGUACAAUGUAAAGGAUUUUCAUAUUAUGGCCUUCCUAGAAUACCUGUUAAUUUAGCAAAGUUAAAUACGUACAUGGUAGUUGGAGGCCAUCGGAUGAAAGUGAAUUGUACUACUCUGGCACAGUUAAUCAACAUCAACCCAAAAAUAAUACUACAAGAUGUUAAGUAUGAUAUCAAAAAUAUGGCAACCAUUAAAAAGUUGAAAUAGUUUUUGGAGAUGCGAAGGAAAACGUUAUUUACUGUUGAAAGCAAAUAAUUUACACUUAGGAUUUAAUUUGACAUUAUGAUGUAUAAAUAUUUAUUGUACACAAUCACUGAUAUAAUGGUUCACAUUAACCAAAGCAUAUGUGGUAUUAUGUGCUUUUCUGUAACAUUAUAUGUAGAAGACGUAUUAAUGAAUUUUUAUAAAAUUCAUUGUUUCUUUUUGUAUUGUAAUGCAAGGCGUACAUAUAAGAAAAGGCAUCAUAAUUGAUUGUUCAAUGAUCGUACAUUGUGCCUAUAUUCUUCUAGUGUAUAUUUAGAAAUUUUUAAAUACAAAAGAGAAGUAAUUUAUAAUUGUCAUAAAAUUGCAUUGUCCUUUUACGUAUUGACUUACUGGAAAAUUGGAGUUAUUUUAAUUGGAUAAAAAAGUGGACAGUUCUUGUUUUCACGUUGAUAUUUUAACAGUGUAUCACUGAUUUAUGUAUAAUUGUACAUUAUUAUUAAAGGUUAUACAUCGUACGUUAUACAACAAUGUCAAUGUUGUAUAUGAAAUGUUGCCAGCGUAUAAAGAAUUUUGAUUAAGAUUGUUAAAACAGAUAACCUACCAUGCAACGCUAUAUGCUGAGAGAAAACAUUUUUUAAAAUCAAAAUGCAGUAUUAUAGCAUAAUUAUCUUGAGUAUAUCAAUAUUCAUCAGCUAUGUGUUUUGAGAAAAGAAAUAUUAGGGGUAUUUAUUUUUUACUAUAUAAUGUUUGAUGAUACAGCACUUUUAUUUUAUUGAUCAUUGGUUUUCAAAUUUUAACACGAAAUCUUUCAAAACGUCUAACAAAAUUGAAGACGUAUAUAAUUAUCAAUAAUCAAUUGUUAAGGAUGAUGUAUAGAUACAUACAAUGUGUAUGUGCAUUAUCCAGUUCUUGUAAAUGUUAACUAUUGUUAACAUUAAUGAUAUUAUUGCGUUAUGUUUUAUUCCGAAUCGAUAAUACUAAGUUUUAAAAAUAAUAAUACACGAGUACAAGUAUCACCGUUUAGUUAUGAGCAUCAGUGAAAAUAAAUUUUGCGUAUUAUAUUAUACACAAUACAUAUUACCCCGAAAUAGUGUACGCGUGUGUAAAAUUAUUAAUACUUUGUUGUAUUCUUUUCACUUCUUAUGUGUAUGUUUAAAUUGAUCCGUUUAACAUCGAAAUUAACAUAGUAGAUGAACGAAUUGUAUGAAAAGACUGAGUGUCCUGUGAAGUAAUAAUCUAGUUUAUAAAUGAUUGUAAAUAUCGUGUAAUAUAAAAAUUUCACAUAAAUAUUUUUGAUUUUUAUAAUAAAAGUGGUUAUCAUU